AUGGCUAGCAAACAACGAAUUCCUAUUGUCGGAGUGAUUGGUGGUGAUGAUCAAAGUGGAUGCGCACGUUUGGUUGGUCGUGAGCUGGCCAAAAAUGGAUGCGUCGUUCUGACUGGCGGCUGUGCUGUGGAUAAUCGCACCGAAACGAAAUAUGCAGCCAUUAUGGGUACUCUCGAUGCCGAGCGAUGCGGUGAAGGAGUUUCGCGUUACAUUGGAAUUUUACCAAAUACUAGCAAGACCAGUUUCGUUUUCGAAUACCUAUCUCCAAGACAAUUGGUAAUACACAGUGGCUUGAGCAGUAUGGAUCGUGAUCCACUUAAUGGAAUUACACCAGAUGUACUUGUAUGUUUCGCUGGAGGUCCUGGUACGAUAUGUGAGCUUGUAUUUGGCAUCGCCUCUGGACGUGAAGCUAUUUUUCAUGGUGAUUGUGCAAAACUAUUGCUCGACAAAUGUACUACAGGUAGACAAAGAGCAGAAAUAAAACGGGGAAUGUUACGAGUUCUUGCAAACUGGCAGCCAUAUUUGUCAUUUCUCGCGGGUGAUGGCAAUACAAUAAUUGAUAUCUUAAUAGAAUAUCUUCGCAAAGCUGUUAGCCGUAAACCAUUGAUGUUCGCACCAGAGAUAGUUCAAGCCGCAUUACAAGCUCUACCGAACAAGCUAUCUGAUGUGCCAGCCUUUCCUGGACUACCUUGUGCACGACGUCGACAGCAGGUGGAUGAGUUUACAUUGUGGUGGAAAUCAUUCUCACAGGACUCAACGCAUGAAGAAAUCCAAAAGAGUUCUGCUACCAGAUGA